AUGCAUCGAAAGGAUUACGACUUCGACGGAGCAAACCACAAAGAUUUGGAAAUAGUUAAAAUAAAAGCGGAUCAAAUGCGUUUGAAACCUGAUCCCAAAAGCAAAUUACGAUUUGGUCAUACUUUUUCCGACCACAUGCUUGAGAUAACAUGGUCAAACGAGAAAGGUUGGUCUAGGCCUUUGAUAUCUCCAAUUCAUGAUUUGUCUCUGCAUCCUGCUUCCAAGGUAUUUCAUUACGCUGUUGAAUUGUUCGAAGGAAUGAAAGCAUAUCGAAACGAAAGUAACAAAAUUUAUUUGUUUCGACCGGAAAAAAAUAUGGAACGUAUGUAUCAAAGUGCGAUUAGAUCUGCUCUUCCAACAUUCGACACGAAUGAAUUAAAGAAACUUAUUUGUGAAUUAGUAAAGAUUGAUGCAGAUUGGGUUCCUUCGCCACCAAAUUCGCUUUACAUACGUCCAACGCUCAUUGCUACUGAUCCUAGUCUUGGAAUAGAUUAUCCCACGCAAGCUCUACUUUUUGUUUUGACUGGUCCUGUUGGGCAGUACUAUAAUACUGAUUUUAAGCCUAUUUCACUCUAUGCUGACUCCAGUUACUGUCGAGCGUUCCCUGGUGGUGUUGGACAGUAUAAAAUGGGCUGUAAUUAUGCGCCAACAUUACUGGUUAGUAAGAUAGCAUCUUCCAAAAAUUGUCAACAAGUUUUGUGGUUGUACGGCCCCGAGGAAUGGAUUACAGAAGUUGGAUCAAUGAACAUUUUUGUAUACUGGAAGAAUGAUGAAGGAGAAGAUGAACUAGUGACAGCUCCUUUGUGUGAUGGAAUAAUAUUACCAGGUAUUACAAGAGACAGUGUUUUACAUAUGGUAAAACAAAUGAAUCGUAUUAAAGUUUCUGAACGAUACGUUUCGAUGGCAGAGAUUAAACGAUCAAUCAAAGAAAACAGAAUGUAUGAAAUGUUUGGUACUGGUACAGCUUGUGUGGUCUCUCCGAUAGGUCACAUUACAUAUAAAAAUUCGAUAACAGGAAAUUUCGAAGAACUGAUAAUACCAACAAUAAUCCACAAACCUAAUUUAAUGGAAAAAAUUUAUAAAACAGUGGUUGAUAUACAGUACGGAACAACGGAAAUGCCAGAAUGGACAGUCGAAAUUAAAUAA